AUGAAUCACCUAGAACAUUUUUACUUGUGUAUUUCCAUUCCUCUAGACAUUAUUGAUAAUCAAGAUGAUGUUUGGGAAAAGUGGGGUAAUGGUGAUCUCAACAAAAUAUUUAAACUAUCCAAGAAAUAUGACAAAUUACAGAGUGACAAGAAUUUUGUGUUAGAGUGA